GUACUGAUGCUUAUAGAUGCCAGCUUUGGGUUCGAAAUGGAAACAUUUGAGUUUCUAAACAUCUGUCAAGUACAUGGCUUUCCUAAAAUUAUGGGAGUUCUCACCCACCUCGACUCCUUCAAGCAUAAUAAGCAACUGAAGAAGACAAAGAAGCGAUUAAAACACAGGUUCUGGACAGAAGUUUACCCGGGUGCCAAGCUGUUCUACCUUUCUGGAAUGGUGCAUGGAGAAUAUCAAAACCAAGAAAUGCACAAUCUGGGCCGUUUUAUUACAGUUAUGAAGUUUAGGCCUCUCACAUGGCAAACUUCUCACCCUUAUGUCCUGGCAGACAGGAUGGAAGAUUUGACAAACCCAGAGGAUAUCCGAACAAACAUCAAAUGUGACCGGAAGGUGUCGCUUUAUGGUUAUUUAAGAGGAGCACACUUGAAAAAUAAAAGCCAAAUUCACAUGCCAGGGGUAGGAGAUUUUGCUGUGAGUGACAUCAGUUUCCUCCCAGACCCUUGUGCUCUUCCUGAACAACAAAAGAAGCGCUGUUUAAAUGAGAAGGAGAAGCUGGUUUAUGCGCCUCUUUCUGGAGUUGGGGGUGUGCUGUAUGACAAAGACGCUGUCUAUGUUGACCUUGGCAGCCACGGUUUUCAGGACGAGGUGGGGCCCACCCAUGAGCUGGUCCAGAGUCUCAUCUCUACCCACUCCACCAUUGAUGCCAAGAUGGCUUCAAGUGGAGUGACACUGUUUUCUGAUUCCAAGCCACUUGGGUCAGAAGAUAUAGAUAAUCAAGGGCUGUUGAUGCCAAAGGAGGAAAAACAAAUGGACUUAAAAACUGGGCGAAUGCGUCGGAAAGCCAUUUUUGGAGAUGAAGAUGAAUCUGGAGAUAGUGAUGAUGAAGAAAAUGAUGAAAUAUCCGAAGAUGACGAGUUGGAAAACGGCUCUAGUGAUGAGGAAGCAGAAGAGGAGGAAAAUGCUGAGAUGACUGAUCAGUAUAUGGCUGGUAAGGGCGUCAAACGACGGAAACUUGAAGAGUUGGAAGAAGACAGUGAAAUGGAUUUGCCAGCAUUUGCUGACAGUGAUGAUGACCUUGAGAGGAGCUCAGCGGAAGAAGGGGAAGCAGAGGAAGCUGAUGAAAGCAGUGAAGAAGAGGACUGCACUGCAGGAGAGGGGGGCAUUUCAGGAUCAAAGGCUGUUGGAGAAGGUAGUAAAGCAGGGCUGUCGCCAGCUAAUCACCAGAGUGACCGUGUGAAUCUGGAGAAGUCUUUGCUGAUGAAGAAAGCAGCUCUCCCCACUUCCGAUUCUGGGCAUUGCACAGCUGAAGAGGCGUUUGCAUCUGAAGAUGAAUCUGAAGAAAGCUCCUCACUCGGUGCAGAGGAAGAGGACUCAGAAAAUGAAGAGGCUGUUAGAAAAAAGCUUUCAAAGCCUUCUCAAGUGAGCAGUGGUCAGAAACUGGGGCCAAGGAACUUAAUUGAUGAGACCAGUGAUAUAGAAGAUUUACUCAAAGAGGAAGAAGAUUACAAGGAAGAAAAUAAUGAUUCCAAAGAAACCUCAGGUGCCCUCAAGUGGAAGGAAGACCUUUCCAGAAAGGCAGCUGAGGCCUUUCUGAGGCAGCAGCAAGCAGCUCCAAACCUCCGAAAGCUUAUUUAUGGGACAGGUAAAGAAUUCUGGUUCAGAGCUGGAAAUGUUUUAGUUUCUCUGAUUAUUUAGAUGAGGGAAUUGGUU